UACGAAGGUGUUGAAAUACCGAACGACGCUGUGCGCGCGGACCUACGUUGUGUGCAUUUUUGCGUUCAGCCUGAGACUGACCCGUGAUCAUCAUCCUCAAUAUCGAACGUUGAUUGUUAGACGCAAUAAGUGCAGUAGCUCGUUUUAACACGGUUAACGGAAAAAAAGAUUUACCACAAAUACGGCGGUAGUGAAACAGUGCCACGAAAUCGACGCAAUUCGAUUCGAAUCGAACGAAACAGAGGUUGAUGCUGCCUGAAGGAUGUGUGGCGGCCGACCGCCGGUGUUUCGUGUAAUGCAAAUGUGAUGUGUGAGUGGUGGUAGUGUUUUGCAAGCAUAAGUUCCUGAAGUUUGUUCAUCAGUGAAUUAGUGAAACAGAAAAGGAGUGUGAACCCGAUGGAAGAAACCGCCCGCGCGAGCCCAACGCUCUAAGGCUCAUCACAUCUUGGGCGAGUGAAAAUAGGUGCCAAAUCAAUAGCAUCAGAAGCAUAUCCUGUGUAAAGUGUGCGUGUUGGUGUUGGUGGUGAAGUGCUCUCGAGAUUUGCCCACCCGAUUUGCUGCGAAGAUCGAAGAUCGUUCCGACGCACGGAAAGUCGAGGUACGAUUUGAAACGGUGGCUUAAAGGUGAUCAGUGUCCGAUGGAAAUGGCCGUUUUUUUCUUGGCUUAGAAACCAAGCCCCUGCCCUUAACGAAGAGCUGACGAAGUGUUAAUUCGCACCAGUGCGCGAUUAGUGCGAAAGAGCGAAGCCAAAUGUUGUAAAUGUUGCGUGUGAGUGAAAAUGAGGCUAGAAGAAUCCAUGCAGUGAUAAUGGGUAGUUGUUAACUAAGCCUAUCGAAAAGCGAUCGUUCACAUGCAGUGCUAGUGUUGCAGCAUCUACCCGGUGGCCGAUCGCAUUGGAGGAAGAAAUUGUGCAACGCCAAUAUUUACCGUGGCAUCCAGCAGUGCGGAUUUUGUGGAAGAAAUUUGAAACACACAGAAAGAAAAGAUUCCAGCAGAGCGGUGAACGUGGUGCAAGAUUCGGACCGGAGUGGCCCACCCGAACAAUGGACUGUCGCGGUGGUGGAAGUGCAGUGUACUGUAGUGACCGUGUGCAGCACGAACUGCGGUGAUGAUUGUCCCCGUGAAAUCUCACACCUCCCAAGACUACCGACAGGUGACGGGUGCAGAAGGAGCUGCACCUGCAGCAGGACUCCGCAGGAACAGUAGGGCUGCGGAGUUGCGGUAACCCGCGGCACCCUUUGGCCGCAAAACGAAACAAUCCACAGCAGUGCAGUGUACACACACACACACUUAAAACACAAAAACACAAACACACAUUCACAUACAGCCCAGCGAUGGCAGAGUGCAAAAGUAGGCACGGCUACAGCAGCUGCAGUAAUCGGCACAGAAAGAUGUCCCUGCUGUGGCUAUUACUGAUGAUAUGCGCCUUCAGCGGGGACAGUGGUGGAGGAGGCGGGCCGGGCGGCUUCAUACGGCUGGCCGCGGCCGAGCAUGUGCGCGAGCUGGAGGUGUCGGAGGGCGUACCGAUCGGGCAUCAGAUCGGGUUCAUCGGCGAGUUUGUGCACGACGAGAACGGCGAUAGUGGGCCGCCGUACCUGAUCGUGCCGGUGCCGGGCAGCGCGGUCGAUACCGAUCUCGCCAUCGACCAUACGACGGGCGAAAUCCGCACCAAGGUGGCGCUGGAUCGGGAAAACCGCUCGUCCUACUCGCUGGUCGCGAUACCGCUGAGCGGCGAGAACGUGCGCGUGGUGGUGCGCGUGCUGGACGAGAACGACAAUGCGCCCACCUUCCCGACGCCGAUCAUGAGCAUCGAGUUCCCGGAGAACACGCCGCGCGACGUGAAGCGCACGCUCAAUCCGGCCCGGGACGCGGACCUGGGCCGCUACAACACGCAGCGGUACAGCAUCGUGUCCGGCAACGUGAACAACGCGUUCCGGCUGUCGUCGCACCGGGAGCGGGACGGCGUGCUGUACCUGGACCUGCAGAUCAACGGCUUCCUCGACCGGGAAACGACGCCGGCCUACAGCCUGGUGGUGGAGGCGCUGGACGGUGGCAGCCCGCCGCUGCGCGGCCAGAUGACGGUCAACAUCACCAUCCAGGACGUGAACGACAAUCAGCCGAUCUUCAACCAGAGCCGGUACUUCGCGACGGUGCCGGAGAACGCGACGCUCGGCACGACGGUGCUGCAGGUGUACGCCACCGACCAGGACGCGGGCGAGAACGGCCAGGUGGAGUACGCGAUCAACCGGCGGCAGAGCGACAAGGAGCAGAUGUUCCGCAUCGAUCCGGCGACCGGGCUGAUCUCGGUGAACAAGCCGCUCGACUUCGAGACGCGCGAGCUGCACGAGCUGGUCGUGGUGGCCAAGGAUCGGGGCAUGCAGCCGCUCGAGACGACCGCGUUCGUGUCGAUACGCGUGACGGACGUGAACGACAACCAGCCCAUCAUCAACGUCAUCUUUCUGAGCGAUGACGCCACGCCGAAGAUAUCGGAGUCGGCGCAGCCGGGCGAGUUCGUCGCCCGCAUCUCCGUCAACGAUCCCGACUCGCGCACCGAGUACGCGAACGUCAACGUGACGCUGUCCGGCGGCGAGGGCCACUUCGGGCUGACGACGCGCGACAACAUCAUCUACCUGGUGAUCGUGUCGCUGCCGCUCGAUCGCGAAAUCAAGCCCAACUACACGCUCAGCGUCAUCGCGACCGACACCGGCAACCCGCCGCUGCACGCCGCCAAGGACAUCUUCCUCACCGUCACCGACAUCAACGACAAUGCGCCCGAGUUCGAGAAGGACGUGUACCACGCCAACGUGAUGGAGGUGGCCGACCCGGGCACUUCCGUCAUCCAGGUGACGGCUGUCGAUCGCGACGAGGGCAACAAUUCGGCCAUUGUCUACUCGCUGCUCGACACGCCGGACACGCACUCGCACUGGUUCCAGAUCGACAGCCACUCGGGGCUGAUCACGACCCGGGCCCACAUCGACUGCGAAACCGACCCGGUGCCGCAGCUGAUUGUGAUGGCCCAGGACAACGGGCGGCCGCCGCUCUCCUCCACCGGCACCGUGCUCGUCACCAUCCACGACGUCAACGACAACGAGCCGAUCUUCGACCAGAGCUUCUACAACGUGUCCGUGGCCGAAAACGAAUCCAAGGGACGCUGUAUACUCAAGGUAUCGGCUACCGAUCCGGACUGCGGCGUUAACGCAAUGGUGAACUACACCCUCGGCGAGGGCUACAAGAAGAACGCGGAGUUCGAGAUCCGCCCGAGCACGGGCGAGGUGUGCAUCGCCAGCGAGCUGGACUACGAGACGCGCAAUUCCUACGAGUUUCCCAUCAUUGCGACCGACCGAGGAGGCCUCAGUACGACCGCCAUGGUGAAGAUCCAGCUGACGGAUGUGAACGACAAUCGGCCAACUUUUUACCCGCGCGAGUACAACGUGUCACUGCGCGAGUCGAUGCCGACCAACUCGCUGCUCUCCACGCCGGUCGUGGUGGUCGUGGCGACCGAUUCCGACUCGGGCAGCUUCGGCACGAUCAGCUACCGCAUUGUGGCCGGCAACGAGGCCGGCAUCUUCCGCAUGGACCGACUGACGGGUGAAAUCUUUGUGACGCGCCCAAACAUGCUGUCCAGCCGGACGCAGCCCUACCACCGGCUGAACAUCUCCGCCAGCGACGGCGGUGGUCUUCGGUCGACGCAUGACGCGGAGGUGUUCAUUAGCGUGAUCGAUGCCACGCAGCGGCCGCCAAUCUUUGACAAGCCUCGCUAUACGUACUACGUGAAGGAAGAUGUGAAGCGAAACACGGUUGUCGGAACGGUAUCGGCAACGAGCAGCAACUCAGGAAACCGUGGAUCGUUACGAUACUUCAUCUAUUCCGGCGAUCCGGAUGGGUUCUUCGCGAUCGAUCCGGUGUCGGGAAACAUACGCGUUGCCAAUGCGCUGGAUCACGAAACAAAGCCGCAGGUGCUGCUCAACAUUCAAGCGACGAGUGGCGAUCCACCGGCCUACGGUCACACCCAGGUCAACAUCGACAUCGAGGACGUGAACGACAAUCCACCCGAGUUUGAGUCGAACACGGUGCGCAUUUCCGUGCCGGAAAAUGUGGAGAUCGGCUCGCCGCUGUACGAGGCUAACGCGCAGGACAAAGACUCGGGCAUGAGUGGUGUGAUAACGUACAUGCUGGCGGGCCAGGGCAAUACGCUGAGCGGUGCCCGGUCCAGCCUGUUCAGCAUGGACAGCCGCAGCGGACAUUUGACCUUGGCUCGACCGCUAGACUACGAGUCGAUGCAGCGCCACACGCUGGUUGUCACGGCAUCUGACUCCGGUACGCCGUCGCUGUCCACCAAUCUGACCAUUCUGGUGGAGGUGCAGGAUGUGAACGAUAAUGCUCCCAUUUUCGAGAAGAACGAGUAUGCCAUCUCGGUCAUCGAGUCAACUCCGAGCAAUUCACAGAUACUACAAGUCAGCGCGACAGACGCUGACACGGGCAACAAUGCCCGACUGACGUACAAAAUCCUCGGCGAAGAUCAUCAGCGUACCGGGAAGUCGACGCAACCGGCGUCGCCCGACGAACCGGUGGCGGAGAUAUUCGGCAUCUUUCCGAACAGCGGCUGGAUCUAUCUGCGCACCAAGCUCGACCGGGAGGUGAAGGAGCGCUACAACAUCACUGUGAUAGUGAGCGAUAACGGUGUGCCGACACUGACGGCCACGGCACAUGUGAUCGUCACGAUACUGGACGCCAACGACAACAGUCCCAUCUUUGCGAAGAGUCUGUACGAGUUCGAAAUCGAGGAAAACAUGCGCCGCGGUGCUAUGAUUGGUACCGUGUCGGCUUCGGACUCCGAUGCGGGCAUCAAUGCGGUCGUGCGGUACAGUCUCAUACCGAGUAAUACGAGCUUCCAGAUUAACCCUGUCUCAGGUGAGAUAACUACGCGUGAUUCGCUGGACCGCGAAACGAAAGCCUCCUACGAUCUGGUGGUUGAAGCACGCGAUCAAGGCACGCCCUACCGGAGCUCACGAGUAUCGGUCAAGGUACAGAUUCUGGACGUCAAUGAUAAUGCGCCGGAUAUCGUCGACCCGCAAGAGGAUGUUGUGAGUGUGCGCGAGGAACAACCGAUCGGGACGGAGGUGGUAAAGGUGCGAGCGAUCGAUCGAGACCACGGGCAGAACGCUUCCAUCAGCUACUCCAUCCUCAAGGGUCGUGAUUCCGACGGGUACGGUAUGUUCUCGAUCGAUCCGAUGAGUGGGGUAAUUCGCACGAAAACAUCGCUGGACCACGAGGAGAAGACAAUCUAUCGGUUGGCAGUGGCCGCCACAGACAAUGGAAAACCUCCGAAGCAGACCGUCCGUUUGCUGAGGAUAGAGGUGCUGGAUCUGAACGAUAACCGGCCUACGUUUACCAGUUCCAGUCUAGUGUUUAGGCUACGAGAAGAUGUCGGCGUUGGACAUAUCAUCGGGUCAAUCAGUGGCAAUGAGCAAUCGGAUGCGGAAAACUUCAUCUCGAGCAGUAGCGAUCUGCACAUUACCUACACCCUCACCCCACUGACGAACGAUAUCACCGAGGGUGCGUUUGAUAUCGAUCGCAACUCGGGCAAGCUGGUAGUCGCUAGACAGCUGGACCGUGAACAGCAGAGCGAAUAUCGCAUGGAGAUUCGCGCGCUGGACACGAGCGCCAGCAACAAUCCGCAGAGUUCCGCCGUCACAGUGAAGAUCGAGAUAGCGGACGUGAACGACAACCCACCGAAAUGGCCCAGCGAUCCGAUCAACGUGUACGUCUCGGAGGACACCCCGGUCGGCGCGAUCGUGUACAACUUUACCGUGCAGGACAACGACACCGGCACGAAUGCGGAAAUUAAGUACAACCUCUCGAAGCCGGCCCAUCUCGCGCAGAAGGAAUAUUUCGCGAUCGAUUCGCUGACCGGAUCGCUGACGCUGCUCGCCCCGCUCGACCACGAAGACACGCAAGAGUUCCUGCUGAUCGUGCAGGCCACCGACCAAUCGUCGAACGUUACCGAGCGGCUAACGACUUCCGCCACGGCACGCAUCAUGGUUACGGACGUGAACGACAACUCGCCCAAGUUUGUGAUCCCGCAGGCAGCCGACGGUGUGGUGUACAUUAGCGACUCGCUGGAAAUCGACCAGGUCGUGUCGCACGUGGUGGCCAUCGAUCCGGACAGUGGGGAGAACGGGCACAUCGCGUACACCUUCGUCGGGGGCAACGAAGACGAGCGGUUCACGAUCGACUCCAGCACCGGCGUGAUUCGGUUGGCCAAACCGUUCAGCAGCAACUUCAUCAUGGACAGCGGUAAGCGUAACUCCGUCAGCGGGAAGUACCAGCUAGUGAUAUCGGCCAGCGAUCACGGGUCGCCCCGACCGCGCGAAGCCAAGAUGACGCUGCAGGUGGUCAUCCAGAAUAUGACCAACAAUCCGCCCCGCUUCGUCGAACCGGUGUAUCACGUGAACAUUACGGAAAACGUGCCGAGCGGCAGCUUUGUGGUGCGCGUGUCGGCCAGAUCCCACUCGGACGGUGGCUCCGGGGCUGGGCUCAAUCUUACGUACGAAAUACCGAAGGGUGUCGGUGAGGACCACUUUGCGGUGGAUUCGGUACGGGGCAUCGUCACGACGCGGGGGACCUUCGAUCGGGAAUCCAAGGACCUGUACACGAUUCCGAUCUACGUGACGGAGGGCGGACGGUUCAAGAAACCGUCAUCUUCCGCAGCGUCCAGCCAGGAUAUGGCCCAGUUCGAUGUAGCCACGCUCGUUGUACGCGUCACCGACGUCAAUGACCAUGCGCCCGAGUUCGUGCAGGGCUCCUGCUAUCCUCUAGCGGUGCCGGAGAACAGCGAGCUCUCGGUGAUUCACACUGUCGUUGCGACCGAUGCGGACGACGGGCUGAACGGUGAAAUAACAUACAGUAUUUCGGGUGGAAACAUGGGCAACAAGUUCAGCAUCGACCUACACACCGGUGCGUUGACGGCUCGGCCACUCGAUCGGGAAGUGCACGCGAGGUACGUGCUGCAAAUCACCGCACAAGAUCGUGGCUCGCCCGUAUCCCACCAGGGGCACUGCAACAUCACUAUCCGCGUGGAGGAUGAAAACGACAACGAUCCCAAGUUCGAGCUGCAGAAGUACAUCGCGACGAUCGACGAGGAUGCGCAGAUCGGUACGACGGUGCUCACGGUGAAGGCCAUCGAUGCGGACGUGGGCAUUAACGCUCGCAUCGUCUACUCGCUGGCCAACGUGACCGAGUGGUUGUUCGACAUCGACAGCAAAACGGGCGUCAUCACUACAGCUGGGCUUUUCGAUCGCGAACGGCAAAACGUGUACAACUUCAUGGUGGUGGCGAUGGAUGGUGGUCGCUACAAUGCGCGCUCGCAAAACGUGCCCGUGCAGGUGAUCAUAGCGGACGUGAACGACAACAAACCCGUGUUUGAUAAGUAUCCGUUCCGGGAGCAAAUCGGUGCGCUGGUGCAACCGGGCCAAACACUGCUACAUAUCUCGGCCUCCGACAGCGACCAGGGCAGCAACGGAGAGAUCGUGUACAGCUUGAACGAAAACGCCAGCAAUGGCAAGUUCCGGAUCAACCCGACGACCGGCGCACUCAGCGCGACGCAAAGCCUGGCGAGCGAGAACGGCCGGCUGCUGCACAUCGAGGUGACGGCGCGCGACAAGGGCAAUCCGCCCCAGAUUGCGACCGGGCUGAUCGAGCUGCGCGUUGGAGAAGUGCAGCAGGAGCUGCCCGUGCUGCGAUUCCAGAACAGCUCCUACCGCGUAACGCUGUCCGAGAAUACGCCGGUCGGACAGCCGGUGCUGCAGCUGAGCGCUGUGCGCAGUGACGGCCGUCGGCAGAAGAUCAUCUACAGCUUCGGCUCGGGCAACGAGGAUGGGACGUUCUCGAUCGAUGCCGUCACGGGUGACGUCCGGAUUCGCAACUCGCACAAUCUGGACUACGAGCGCUUCAGCCGGCUGAAGAGCGAAGGCAUCGAGCUAGUGGCCGUUGCCCGCACGGAUGGCACUCCCCUGCUGUACGGCUACACCUCCAUCACGGUGGAGCUGCGGGACGAGAACGACAAUGCGCCGCGCUUCACGCAGCAGCAGUACGCGGCCUCCGUCUGGGAGGGCAACAGCAAGGGCACGUUCGUGAUCAAGGUCGGCGCGUUCGAUUCGGAUCAGGGAGCGAACGCACGCAUCCUGUACCACAUCGUCGACGGCAACCAUGACAACGCGUUCAUCAUUGAGCCGGCAUUUAGCGGCAUUGUCAAGACGAACAUCGUGCUCGACCGGGAGAUCCGCGACAAGUACAAGCUGAAGGUGAUUGCCACCGAUGAAGGCGUGCCGCAGAUGACGGGAACCGCCACCAUCAACGUGAACGUGGUCGAUGUCAACGACAACCAGCCGACCUUUCCACCGAACACCGUCAUCAGUGUUAGCGAAGCGACCAGCGUCGGGACCGUGCUCACCACCAUCACGGCCAACGAUGUGGAUACCAAUCCGCCGCUGACGUACAGCUUCGCCGAGCUGAGCGAUGACGACGCGACCAGCUACUUCUCCAUCGAUCGGUACAGUGGGAAGAUCAUACUGAUUCGUCCCCUCGACUACGAGGAUCGGCACGAGUUUCUGCUGCGAUUGCUGGCCUCCGACUCGGCACAUGUCGCUCGCACGACGCUCACGGUGCGUGUGGUGGACGUGAACGACAAUGCCCCCGUGUUCCAGCAAAUCACCUACCACGCCAUGCUGUCCGAUUCGACUGACGGUAGCAACACAAACGUGAUGAUCCUCUCGGUCAAUGCAACUGACGCGGACAGCGAACCGAACGCAAUCGUGCGCUACUCGAUCGUUCCACCCAAGGGUAUGGUGAUGGCCAGCGGCUUCACCAUCGACGAGUCCACGGGCCAACUGUUUGCCAACGUUAGCCAGCUGUCGACGAGUGGCACCGGUGGCACGCUGUAUCUUACCGUACGGGCGACUGACUCGGGUCAGCCAGCGCUAUCCUCGACCACCACCGUCCGGUUGGAGAUGAAAUCGAAGGGCAAAGCUAACCCCCAGUACAUCCAGAGCCAGUACCGCGUGUCGAUGAACGAGGAAGCGCUGCCCGGCACAACGGUCGUCAACCUGAUCCCGAAGUCGAUCCUUCAGCAGCAGUCCGGUGCAGAGUCGGCGAUAGCGUUCGAAAUAAUCGACGGUAACGAGGGCUCGGUGUUCGAUGUAACGUAUCCCGAGGGAGCGAUCGUGCUGGUGGAUCGACUAGACCGCGAGCGUGUGGACUACUACGAGCUGAAGCUGGUGACGGUUGAACCGGGCACGAGGCACAUCAGCCGGCCCGACGCGAGCCUCAGCACGAUCAUCCGCGUCAUCGUGACGGUGGAGGACGCAAACGACAAUGCGCCCGAGUUCCAGCCGGGCAGCUACGAGGCGACGAUCGGGGAGCUGGCACCAAUCAAGCACUCCAUCGCGAAGCUGUCCGCCCUCGAUGCCGAUCUGUCCGGUUCGCCCAGCUCGGAGGUGAUCUAUCAGAUCAUAUCCGGCAACGACAGUGGCAUGUUUUCGAUCGACCUGGUGUCGGGGCUGCUGUACACCAACAAGUACCUGGAUUACGAUCACGGCCAGACGCAGUACAGUCUGGUGGUGCGUGCGUGCGAUAGCCACUCGGCCCCGCGCUGCUCGGUACACCCGUUCACGAUCGCACUGUCCGAUGAGAACGACAACGAGCCACAGUUCCCGGUGCCCGAGUAUCUGGAGUUCGUGGGCGAGAACGAACCCAUCGGCAUCAGCAUCUUUACGGCCCGGGCGACCGAUAUGGACCGGGGACCGUUCGGUACCGUGAACUACACGAUCGACAGCGUGCUCUCGGGCGCCUAUUCCGGGCUGGAUGACAGCUGGAAGCUGUUCAAGGUGGACCCCACGAGUGGAGUCGUCAACUCGAACGCCGUGUUCGACUACGAGGAGAAAAACCGGUACGCCUUCGCACUGCGAGCGACCGAUACGGGCGGCAAGUCGAAAACCGUGCGAGUGAAGAUCGUAAUUGAAAGCCGGGACGAGUUUAGUCCACAGUUUACGGAGCGUACGUACCGGUUCGUCAUCAAGACGCCCGAAUCCGGUCAGCUGCCGGUGGGGUACGUGGUUGGGCACGUCACGGCAACGGAUCGGGAUCGUGGACCGGACGGACGCAUUGUGUACCAGCUCACGACGCAGCAUCCGUACUUUAAGAUGAACCGUACGACGGGGGCCAUUCUGAUCAAGAAGCGGCUCGAUAACGUGGCAUCCAUGCUGGAGGCUGGGCGUGACAUUAGCCUCGUGGUGACGGCCGGGUCCGGUCGACAGGGUUCGCUCACAAACAUGACCGUGGUGGAGAUCGCGAUCGACGCGUUGGCACAUCUGAAGGGUAACGAGCUGGGCAGUGGCAGCGGAGGAAGUGGAGGCUAUGAAAACUCGCAGUCCGUGUCGGCCGGUGGUGGAUUCGCCAACUGGGCCGUCGGGCUAGUGAUCUCGCUGCUGCUGAUCAUCGUCGGCGUAGCGUCCGUGUUUCUCUUCCUGCACAUGCGCAACCGGCAGCAGAAGCACGUGAACAAGACGGGGCUAAGUUCGGAGUCGGUUGGACACUCGAACAACUACGUCGACCCGAGCGCCUUCGAUACGAUCCCGAUCCGCGGGUCGUCCAGCGGAGCGACGGGAGCGGGCCAGUUCGCACCGCCCAAGUACGACGAGAUCCCGCCGUACGGGGCGAGCUCGAACUCGGGCGCCGCCACCACCUCGGAGCUGUCCGGCUCGGAGCAGUCCGGCUCGAGUGGGCGCGGUUCGGCCGAGGACGACGGCGAGGACGAGGAGAUCCGCAUGAUCAACGAGGGUGGACCGCUGCAGCGCGACGGCCUGCAGCUCGACGGGCGCCUGUCGGACGUGUCGGUGCAGAACACGCAGGAGUACCUGGCGCGGCUCGGCAUCGUCGACAACGGCACGACGGGCAACGCGUCCAACUCGUCGCGCCGCUGCUCGGAAAGCAUGGGGCUGGGCAGCUCGAAGGACGCGAUGCUGCACACGCUGCCGAUCGACACGCUGCACAUGUUCCACGACGACGAGCAUCAUCGGGAAUCGGACCUGACCAAUCUGAUCUACGCCAAGCUGAACGACGUCACCAACAACAGCGACCGGGCGAGCAGCGUCGACGAGACGGUCACGAACGCGGGCAGCAUCGGCGCCACCGUCGACCACGUGAUGAUGGGCGGGUACGGCGACGUGCCGGUCGUCGGCAACCAGCAGGGCAUCUCGAUGAACGGUUCGCUCAGCUCGAUCGUGCACAGCGAGGAGGAGCUGACCGGCAGCUACAACUGGGACUACCUGCUCGACUGGGGCCCCCAGUACCAGCCGCUGGCGCACGUGUUUUCGGAAAUUGCGCGCCUUAAGGAUGAUACGCUAUCCGUGCAGAGCGGCAACAGCGGGGCGUCGAGUGCGAAGAGCAAAAACUCGCUGCACCACACGGUGAAAACGCUGCCGCCGCCCCUGCUGACGAACGUGGCGCCCCGCUCGAUCAACGUGCCCGUCUUUGCCGGGCGCAACAACCCGGGCAGCCAUCAUGGGGGCGCCCCCAACCAGUACCUGCUGCCCCGGUCGCCCAUUAGUCACGAUUCGGCCGCCGGCUUCAGCACCUCGUCAGCCAUGUCGCCGAGCUUCUCCCCUUCGCUGUCGCCGCUGGCGACACGAUCACCCUCCAUCUCGCCGCACGUCGUGUCGACGGGAAUGCCCACCUCCCACCAUAUGGUUUCGCUGCCCCGUCCACCCCAGCAACGGGGUCCGGCCGGUCAGCGGAAACCGUACUGAGAGGGAGGGUUAGUCCCCCUCCGUCCCACUUCGCAUGGCUGUGUAGGUGUAAGGUAUUGUCCCAAAAACAAAGGUCGUGUACAUAUCGAGCGAGCAGCGAUUCGGCGUUCGAGAGCUCCAUUGUUGUAGUAAAAUUAUUAUUUCGAUCCAAAUCCGGUGCGAUUCUCCCAGCACAAGAUCCCCUCCUGCUCCUCCUCCUCCUUCCAAGAUGUGACUAUCCGCGACUGUAAAUAGUAGAUAAGAGCGCGUGUGAGUGUAGUAAGUCUGGCAGCGAUGUCCAUCCGUCCAUCUUCCCCUCUCUCCGUGUGUGUGUGAAUUGAAUCACACCGCUACAAUCGCUAGGCGUACUGUACAGGUGUAGUUGGUAGGUAGGUAGAUAGGUAGAUAGGUACGGCUUACAUACAACAGUACUGUAAAUACUCUCAGUGAAAGCAAAACUCGGCAACGCAACUCCGUUUGUUUGCCAGAUUGUAAAUGUGUGUCGAGCGAGUGAGACAGAACCGGCCGAGACAGAAAAGAGGGGAAGACAUUAUUACAUAGGUUUACAUCUCGAAUUCGUGGAGAGUGGAGUGGUCACUCUCGACUCUCGCGAAAUCACACAAGACUGCAAGCUUUAGGGCUGUAUCCCGUUUUAAGUAAUUGGCAAUUUUUAAUUAUUUUUAAAAAGCGAACUAGUAAAAAGGCUAGCAAAGGGGUUUUAGUGCGCGCGCGUGUGCGGCAUUAGCAUUAGCAAACAUCCAGCAAAGGAAGCCCGAAUGUAUUUGCGUGUGUGUGUACAGUACAGUUUGCAUUUAACCAAACGAUGUCUCGGGGUUCGAGGCGCGUUUCAUUUAAAAAAAAGAAAAAAACCUAACUGCCAACCAUGAACAGUGUGUGGUUCGUUUUUGUGUGUGUACAGGAACAGUAACAUAACCGCGUCUACCUAAUGUGUAUAACGUUUAAGGACACCAAAUUUUACUCAGCAGAAGAAGAAGCAACAAAUGCGAACUAUGCGGGCAUGCGAUUGUUUUUUAAAUAUGUUUUUUUUAUGAAAUCAGCGCGAUAGCCUUUUUAACAAAAACCGUCCCGUUUAAUAAACCAUCCCCCCGCCCCCCACACAAGGCCACAAACAAGCAACUGCGCAACUGCCAUAUGUUAGAGAAUGGAACGAAGGGAACGUAAGGGAGGAUGUGUGUGUGUAUGUAUGUAAUAGAGGCGAAGAUGUUUAUAAUGCGAGUAUUUGUCCGGUAGGUGUAUUUUAGGUGAAAUAAAGAUAUGUUUUAUACGAAAAAAUAA